AUGGAAACUUCAUAUGGAUAUGAUCUUGGAGAGAUAGACCCAUCACUCUUCCUCUAUCUUGAUGGACAAGGACAUCAUGAUCCUCCAUCAACUACUCCUUUACCUCAUCAUCACACUACUCAGAAUUUGGCGAUGAGACCUCCAACAUCAACGCUUAACAUCUUCCCAUCUCAACCGAUGCACAUAGAGCCACCUUCUUCUUCUUCUACACCAAAUACUGAUAAUACAAGAUUGGUUCCGGCUGCUGCACCUAGUGGUUCAACUCGACCAUCUUCUGAGCCGUCCAUGGACUUGACCAAUCAUUCUCAGUUUCAACUUCCUCAACUUUCUAAAUCCAUCAAGAAAGAAGUGAACCGCAAGGGUCCUGCCUCAUCGGACCAUGACAUACCAAAAACAUCAGACCCUAAGACAUUGAGAAGACUAGCACAGAACAGAGAAGCCGCAAGAAAAAGCAGAUUACGAAAAAAAGCUUAUGUUCAGCAACUUGAGUCAUGUAGGAUCAAGCUGACCCAAUUAGAACAAGAGAUUCAACGGGCCAGAUCCCAAGGCGUAUUCUUUGGAGGGUCUCUUAUAGGAGGAGAUCAACAACAAGGUGGAAUGAACAUUGGCCCUGGCAACAUCAGCUCCGAAGCAGCGGUUUUCGAUAUGGAAUACGCGAGGUGGAUGGAGGAGCAGCAAAGGCUUUUAAACGAACUGAGGGUGGCAACGCAAGAGCACUUGGCCGAGAACGAGCUAAGGAUGUUUGUGGACACUUGUUUAGCUCACUAUGACCAUUUGAUUAACCUCAAGGCCAUAGUUGCUAAAACUGAUGUUUUCCACCUUAUCUCUGGAGCAUGGAAAACUCCAGCCGAGCGAUGCUUCUUGUGGAUGGGUGGUUUUCGACCAUCCGAAAUCAUUAAGGUAAUUGUGAGCCAGAUAGAACCAUUGACGGAACAACAAAUAGUUGGGAUUUGCGGGCUGCAACAGUCCACACAAGAGGCUGAAGAGGCUCUCUCGCAGGGUCUCGAGGCGUUAAAUCAAUCGCUUUCCGAUAGUAUUGUCUCGGACUCUCUCUCGCCUGCCUCGGCACAACUUCCUCCCCAUCUAUCUAAUUUCAUGUCACACAUGUCCUUAGCUCUCAACAAACUCUCUGCUCUCGAGGGUUUCGUUCUCCAGGCGGAUAAUCUGAGACACCAAACGAUCCAUAGGUUGAACCAAUUGUUGACGACUCGCCAAGAAGCUCGGUGUAUUCUAGCAGUUGCGGAGUAUUUCCAUCGUCUUCAAGCUCUAAGUUCUCUCUGGCUAGCUCGUCCGCGACAAGAUGGAUGA